GCAAACUGUCAAGCGUAAAGGAAGCGAGCAGAAAGCAGCGAUGUAAACCUUCCAGCCAAACUGAUUGUCAGUCUUGCAUACAAAUGGAGGAAAGGACUGUCGUCAGAUAAUUGGAGAUGCAGCCUCCAGGUUGCUAAAGACUCAUGAGAAACCCAAGCCGGUCAUAUGAGAUGUGAAUUUACUGAACCAAGAAUGAGAAACUCGAGCGACUUCAUGGCAGAGGACUGACGAGCGCCGUCAUUUCUCAGAAAAACCUUCUUCGUCUCAGCUCAUUCAGUGUGAUUCUGCUCCUCUGCCUCGCACACCUUCAUCUACCACCUCUGCUGCCCAGGCCAGGCAGAGUGGACCCAUCCCUCUCCCCAGGCCUCGCGCCCCCCCGUCGGCGGCCCGCUCUGGCAGUGUGUUGGUGUACGAUGGCGCGGUGGGACGCUGAGGGCUGCCGCGGGGGACUGUGAUGUCAGAGCCCAACAGCCCGGGCGAGAGCCGGCGUGGCGCUCCCAGAUUCUUCGUGGGCUGCGAGGACGAUGAGAGCGAGGCCCUGGAUGACAGCAUGAGGACAGACAUGGAGCUAUAUGAGGACGACGAAGACACAGACUCGCCCCCGGAGCGACAGAUCGUGGUGGGGAUCUGCUGCAUGAUGAAGAAGUCCAAGUCAAAGCCAAUGACCCAGAUCCUGGAGAGGCUGUGCAGGUUCGAGUACAUCACUGUGGUCAUCUUCCCAGAGGACGUCAUCCUCAACGAGCCCGUGGACAAAUGGCCUCUGUGUGACUGCCUCAUCUCCUUCCACUCCAAGGGAUUCCCGCUGGAUAAAGCAGUGAGCUACGCCAAACUGAGAAACCCUCUGCUCAUCAAUGACCUGAACAUGCAGUACUACAUACAGGACAGGAGAGAGGUGUAUCGCAUCCUGCAGGAGGAGGGGAUAGAUCUGCCGCGCUAUGCUGUGCUGAACCGUGACCCAGAUAAACCAGAUGAGUGUAACCUGGUGGAAGGAGAGGACCAUGUGGAGGUGAACGGAGAGAUAUUCCAGAAGCCUUUUGUGGAGAAGCCCGUCUGCGCGGAGGACCAUAACGUCUACAUCUACUACCCCACCUCUGCUGGUGGUGGCAGCCAGCGACUCUUCAGAAAGAUCGGGAGCCGGAGCAGUGUGUACUCACCAGAGAGCAGCGUGAGGAAGACGGGCUCUUACAUCUAUGAAGAGUUCAUGCCAACAGAUGGCACCGAUGUGAAGGUGUACACCGUGGGGCCGGACUAUGCUCACGCUGAGGCUCGGAAGUCCCCCGCUCUGGACGGGAAGGUGGAGAGAGACAGCGAGGGGAAGGAGGUCCGCUACCCCGUCAUGCUCUCAGCCAUGGAGAAACUGGUGGCCCGUAAGGUCUGCCUCGCGUUUAAGCAAACUGUAUGUGGCUUCGAUCUUCUCCGAGCCAAUGGACACUCUUAUGUGUGUGACGUCAACGGUUUCAGUUUCGUGAAGAACUCGAUGAAGUACUAUGACGACUGUGCCAAGAUCCUCGGGAACAUCGUGAUGCGUGAACUGGCUCCUCAGUUUCAGAUUCCUUGGUCCAUCCCUACUGAGGCAGAGGACAUCCCCAUUGUUCCCACUACGUCAGGGACCAUGAUGGAGCUCCGCUGUGUCAUCGCUGUGAUCCGACAUGGAGACCGAACACCCAAACAGAAGAUGAAGAUGGAAGUUCGCAACCCCAUGUUCUUUGAUCUAUUUGAAAAAUAUGGAGGUUACAAAACGGGGAAAUUAAAGCUGAAGAAGCCAAAACAACUGCAGGAGGUGCUGGACAUCACACGGCAGCUGUUGGCAGAACUAGGACAGCACAACGACUGUGAGAUAGAAGAGAAGAAGUCCAAACUGGAGCAGCUGAAGACUGUUCUGGAAAUGUAUGGCCACUUCUCGGGGAUCAACAGAAAAGUGCAACUAACUUACCUGCCCCAUGGGCAGCCCAAAACCUCAAGUGAGGAAGAAGACACACGUAAGGAGGGUCCGUCUCUGCUGCUGGUGCUGAAGUGGGGAGGAGAGCUGACUCCUGCUGGCAGAGUACAGGCUGAGGAGCUGGGAAGGGCCUUUCGCUGUAUGUACCCUGGAGGACAAGGAGACUAUGCUGGCUUUCCAGGCUGUGGGUUACUGCGGCUACACAGCACCUACAGACAUGACCUGAAGAUAUAUGCGUCUGAUGAAGGCAGGGUCCAGAUGACUGCUGCAGCCUUCGCUAAGGGUUUGCUGGCUCUGGAGGGUGAGCUGACACCCAUCCUGGUGCAGAUGGUGAAAAGCGCCAACAUGAAUGGGCUGCUGGACAACGACAGCGACUCUCUGAGCAGCUGCCAGCACCGCGUCAAAGCCCGACUGCACGAGAUCCUGCAGAAGGACAGGGACUUCACCGACGAAGACUUCGACAGGCUGGCACCGACCUGUAGCGCCUCUUUGGUGAAUUCAAUGAAGAUAGUCCAGAACCCGGUGGCCACAUGUGACCGGGUCUACGCCCUCAUUCAGAGCCUCACCUCCCAGAUCCGCAAAAGGAUGGAGGACCCCAAGUCAGCUGACCUGCAGCUGUACCACAGUGAGACUCUGGAGCUGAUGCUGCAGCGCUGGUCCAAACUCGAGAGGGAUUUCCGCAUGAAGAACGGCCGCUACGACAUCAGUAAAAUCCCGGACAUUUACGACUGCGUGAAGUACGAUGUCAUCCACAAUGCCACUCUGGGCCUGGAGGACACGCUGGAGCUGUUCAGACUGUCUCGAGCUUUGGCUGACAUCGUCAUCCCCCAGGAAUAUGGCAUAAAUAAAGUUGAGAAAUUGGACAUAGCAUAUGCUUACUGCCUCCCACUGGUCAGAAAGAUCCAGCUUGACCUGCAGAGGACACAUGAGGACGAGUCUGUCAACAAGCUGCACCCUCUGUACUCUCGUGGUGUGAUGUCUCCUGGGCGCCAUGUCAGGACGCGUUUAUAUUUCACCAGUGAGAGUCACGUCCACUCCCUGCUCAGCAUUUUCCGCUAUGGAGGUUUGCUGGAUGAGGAGAAGGACCAGCAGUGGAAGCGUGCCAUGGAUUACCUCAGUGCUGUCUCUGAACUCAACUACAUGACUCAGAUUGUCAUCAUGCUGUACGAGGACAACAAUAAGGACCUCUCCUCAGAGGAACGUUUCCACGUAGAGCUUCACUUCAGCCCUGGUGUCAAAGGCGUCGAGGAGGAGGAGAACGCGCCAACCGGCUUCGGCUUCAGGCCCGCGUCUGCAGAGGUAGCGCGGCAGAACGGACAGAAACAGACGGACCCCGGCAGCCUGGAGGACCUCUCACGAGAUGAGACCGACCGAGCCGUGCCGCUGUCUGAGCCAAUCACCAUUCAGAGGAGGUCCCCACUCAUCCGAAAUCAUAAGACUGGAUCCAUGGAGGUUCUGUCAGAGACAUCAUCCUCCAAAGUAGGCAGUUAUCGCCUCUUCUCGCUCUGCUCACGUCAGUCUCCUGAGAUGAAACAAAGUGGAUUAGGCUCUCAGUGCGCCGGGCUCUUCAGCACCACUGUCCUAGGUGGGUCCUCUAGCGCCCCUAACCUGCAGGACUACGCACGUGCACAUCGCAAAAAAUUCUCCACUGGCAGUCUGUCCUACAAAGACGAGUUGUUGUCUAUGCCGGCAGUAAAACGAUUUUCUGUGUCGUUUGCAAAGCAUCCGACUAAUGGAACACAAGAUGACACAUCCACCAUUGCAGUGGCUCCACCUCUCUGGUGCACUGCCAAAGAGCCCUUGGAGGAGCACCAUGUGGCCCAGUUGUUGAGGCGUUUCUCCACCGACCUCAGCCUGGGCCGCCACCUCUCUCUGGACGGGGCGCUGGCCCACCACCUCCACCAGUGCUCCUACCACCUCCGCCUCUUCCGAAACUGGCUCAUCUCCGGCCAAGACCCCCUAGAGUACCUCCACGGGUUCGAAGGCUGCUCCAUGGUGCCCUCCAUCUACCCUCUGGAAACGCUGCACAACUCGCUGUCGCUGAAACAGGUCAACGAGUUCCUCGCCGGCGUGUGCGAGAGCGCAGGGGAUCCGCACACGAGGACUACCAGAGCUCUGUCAGCCAUGUUUGACACACACAACCAGCCGUUAGUGGACUCGUACAUCCCUCAGAGAGUCCUCUCAUCCUCCAUCUCUCUCAGAUCUCGCUCUGACAGACCUCCUUGGUACAGCAGCGGUCCAUCCAGCACAGUGUCCAGCGCUGGACCGUCCUCUCCCACUACAGCCGACACUUCCCCACGCUUCAGCUUCAGCGAUAAGAUCUCCCUCACCCCUCAGAGCAGCGAGGAAACUCACUCCUCUCAAAACAUCUCCUCUCAGCCGGCGGCCGCCGUCGGCUCACAAGUGCUCGACCCAACGUGCCCUGCUGCUUCAAACCCCGGCGAAGUCCCUCUGACCCCAAAUAAUUCACCAGAGGACGAUGCCGAGCUCUGUGCUGUUACUGGCCACCAGCCCGAUCACCCUGAAUGCUCACAGGAAGGGCCUGAGGUGCCUCCUGCAGCCGUGGAUGCUGCCAGCGAUGCGGUUUCAGAUCCUGGCCUGAGACCGCCCUGCUCUGCGUUAGCUGAGCUCAGCCUGAGUCGGAUGGAAGGUUACUGCCUCCCAGGCUCUCUGCCCGUGCUGUUGGAGCUCAGAGAGAGCAGCAGCGAGGCGGGCUCCAGCUCCCAGACGCCCCAGUCCCCUGAGGGACCUGACGAGUUCUUUGACACUCAGGAGUCGAUGGAGUUGUGGAGGGACAGUUUGGAAAGCCUCCCCCGUCCUGAGACGCCUCUAGAGGUCGCAGAGCCGUAGUACAGCAGGGCGCUGAGACCUGCUCAGCAACAGGCCUCAGAUCUGUCAGAGACUGCUGUGGUUACUUCUGUAACUUCACAAGUGUCACGCUCGUCAUCACUCAUGAGCAGUGAGGCAUUGUACUGAGCUACAGCCGACCGGCCUCCCAUCUCCUCCAGCUUGAUGACUGUGUGUCGAGUAAUGAUGAAUGGGCAGCUGAUCCGCACACUGAGCUCUGUGUCGGAGAAUCUCAUGACGAUGCCCCACAUGCUGUUCAUUGCCUUUAAAAACCACCAGUGAGCCUCCUCUGACAGCCCGCUGGUUCAGUUCAUCCAUCUGUAAAGAUGUGGGAAGCCACUUGUUGUAAGCUGAAGCUUUAUUGUCAAGUUUAAAUCUUACAGCUCUCUGUUACUGUCGCGUUGCUGUUGCACAAACUCUUUCCUUAAAGCUGCAUUGAUCAGUUUCUGGCCACUAGGGGGCAGAGAUCCACAGCCCUGACCUGUUCCCAACUAAAAGCUGUUAAAGAGACCGAACAAACUCAUCCCUCCCGAUCGUGUUUGUGUCCACAUGACGAAUAAAAGUCCAAUUAUUCUCUCUCACUCUCAAAAAUAUGUGCAUUUUAACAGCUAGGUGUUCCACAGACGACAUUGUCUGUCUGCCAGUUAGUGGACGGCGGAUUCGUCUGGGUUUGCUGAGAGCGUUGAGUCUUAACCAAACAGGAAAUGUGAUGUGAAGCUAAAACAUUGAUCCACCGUGACCAUAAAGAUGCUGAUUAAUGGAGCUUUAGUUCGUGUUACGUCCGUCUCUCGUCUUUCUUACCUUCAGCUCUUACCCUCGGACAGCUGCAGUGGUGAAGUGUAGCCUUCACAUUAAUAGGUGUCAUAUCAUCCGUCAGCGGUGCUUUAUCAUCGCGAAUAAGCACAAGCUUCCUGUUUUCUUCGUUUGUUACAGGAUACAGAGACUUACUGACUCGUUAAUGAGAAACACAGGAAACGGCUCAACGUACAAGACAGAAAAAAUCCAAUCUGCAGCUCUCCUGCUCUUCAUCAUACGCCGGCAUCUGUCCUGUGCUGAGCUUCUGUGGCACUACAUGUUUAAAACCUGCAUCUGUGGUUUAAAAAACAAAACAAAAGCUGAGUGACAGCAGCUGAAUCUUCAUUAAAUAUAAAGUGUUUAAUCUGCAGGUCAAACCGCGUGUGCACUGCUUACUGCCAAAGUCCUUAAGCCUCAUUGAAGAUUAAUAUAAUCAGUAGGAAUCAAUAGAGGAAAUCAAAAUAAUAUUUAUUUUGAAAUUGCAUCUUGAAAAAAAAAAACAAAGUCUGGUAUUUUUGAUACC